AAGGCCCCGUCCACACGGAGACGUAUGAUAGGGAAACCAGAGUACCCCUUGCUGUCCAAGGAUGGAGACAUAAUCAUCGGAGGAGCUUUUUCAAUUCACAGCAAAAUACAUUUUGAAAUGCCAUCCUUUAGAGAAAAACCCCAUCGCCUAAUGUGCACCAGCCUUAAUUUGAGAGAAUUCCGUUUUGCUCAGACCAUGAUCUUUGCCAUUGAAGAAAUUAAUAGCAAGCCAAGCUUACUGCCAAACAUUUCGAUUGGAUACCAAAUAUUUGACAGCUGCGGUUCCACAUUAGCCUCUAUGAGAUCAUCAGUGGCUCUGAUAAAUGGUCAGGAGUUGACAGCAGAACACAUAUGCUCUGGAAAAACAGCAGUAAAAGCCAUAAUUGGAGAAUCUGAGUCUUCCUCAACCAUUGUACUGUCCAGAAUAACAGGGCCCUUCAGAAUUCCUGUGAUAAGCCAUUUUGCUACCUGUGCCUGCCUCAGCAACAGAAAGCAGUUUCCGUCUUUCUUCAGAACUAUUCCCAGUGAUUUCCACCAAAGCAGAGCUCUAGCACAACUAGUCAAACAUUUUGGAUGGACAUGGAUUGGAGCAGUGAGAAGUGACAAUGACUAUGGAAACAACGGCAUGGCAACCUUUGUAGAGGUAGCAGAGAGAGAAGGAGUAUGCAUUGAAUAUUCAGAGGCCAUGUCAAGGACCAAUUCCAAAGAGAAGAUUGCUAAGGUUGUUGAAGUAAUAAAAAAGGGCACUGCUAAAGUUCUUGUGGCAUUUUUGGCACAGGGUGAAAUGGAUGUGUUACUGGAGGAGAUUAUCAGACAGAAUGUAACCGGGCUACAGUGGGUAGGCAGUGAAUCCUGGAUUACAGCAAGAUACUUGGCAACUAGAAUUGUUUCAAAAGUCCUUGGUGGUGCAGUUGGUUUUACAAUUAGCAAGUCAAAAAUUCCAGGCUUGAAGGAAUUUCUCCUUAAGGUCAAUCCAUCUCAAAACCCUUCAAACGCUCUUUUGAGGGAAUUUUGGGAGAUGGCAUUUGGAUGCCGUAUCUUUCCUACAAUCAGCUCUAAAACUGAGUAUGAGAAGUUUUGUAAUGGGUCUGAGAAUCUGAGUAAUGUGAGUAAUGAGUUUACAGAUGUAUCAGAGCUAAGGAUUUCAAAUAAUGUAUAUAAGGCAAUUUAUGCUAUAGCUAAUGCUUUGCAUAACACAUUGGCUUGCAAAACUUCAAACAUUGCACCUGAAACCAUAACAUGUGGAACAAAGGAUUUAAUAGUUUCCAGCCAAGUAAUGCAUUCCCUUCAAAAUGUUAAUUUCACAAUGGCCUCGGGUGAGAUGAUUUACUUUGACAAAAAUGGAGACACUAUGGCAAGAUAUGAACUAAUAAACUGGCAGAAAAAUGGAGCAGGGGAAACAACUUUUGUUACUAUAGGACACUAUGAUGCCUCACUACCCAAUGAACAGCAGUUUGUCAUGAAUUCUAUCAAUAUAGUUUGGGCAGGAGACAGUCACACGAAACCGAGUUCAGUGUGUAGUGAGAGCUGCCAGCCAGGUUUCAGACAAGCUGUGAUGAAAGGGAGACCAGUAUGCUGCUUUGAAUGUUUGCGGUGCCCUUCUGGAGAAAUCAGCAGUACUACUGAUUCUGCUGAAUGCAUCAAAUGUCCUUUAGAGCACUGGUCAAAUGAAAACCACAGUAUGUGUGUUCUCAAGAAAGUGGAGUUCCUUUCAUUUGAGGAAAACAUGGGAAUACUUUUGACUGCAUUCUCAUUAACUGGGGUGUCUUUAACAAUUGCAGUUGCACUGAUGUUUUACCACUUCAUAGACACUCCCCUUGUGAAGGCUAGCAAUACAGAGCUAAGCUUUCUACUCCUUUUCUCACUCUCUCUGUGUUUUCUCUGUUCACUCACUUUUAUUGGUCAGCCUACUGAGUGGUCCUGUAUGUUGCGCCACACAGCAUUUGGGAUCACUUUCGCCCUUUGUAUGUCUUGUGUUCUGGCAAGGACAAUAGCAGUGGUAAUGGCCUUCAAGGCCACUGUGCCCAGUACAAGUGUUCCUCAGUGUACAUUGCCCUUACAAAGAGUUAGUGUUUUCUGUUGCACUUUUUUCCAGGUAAUAAUAUGUACUGUGUGGCUGGUAUUAGCCCCUCCAAUCCCAUAUAAAAAUAUUACCCAUUCAUUAGAUACAAUAAUACUUGAAUGUGAUCUAGGAUCAGCUAUAGGGUUCUGGGCUGUGCUUGGUUAUAUCGGUUUGCUGUCUGUUUGCUGUUUCAUUUUGGCUUUUCUAGCUCGAAAGCUGCCUGAUAACUUUAAUGAAGCGAAAUUCAUCACGUUCAGUCUGCUAAUAUUCUGUGCUGUUUGGAUCACCUUUAUCCCAGCUUAUGUCAGUUCUCCCGGAAAGUUUACUGUAGCUGUGGAGAUAUUUGCCAUCUUAGCCUCUAGUUUUGGCUUAUUAUUCUGUAUAUUUACACCAAAAUGCUACAUUAUCUUACUCAAGCCAGAGCAAAACACAAGGAAACAUAUCAUAGGCAAAAACCAUAAUAAAUCAUAA